UAGGGAUUGGAGGUUGCCAGUCGUAUUUUAGUAAUCGGUGAAGAGAGUGCAGUUUUGCCGACUUUAGUCACGGGUGGGCAGGGGGAGGCGAACAAGUGUUGAAUUCUAGCUAAAAAAUAUCGCGGUCGGCGGGGGAUGAGUUUUCAGCUAACCUAAAACUCUCGCAACUAUCUGGCAACAGUUUUGACCUGCGCACUAAACGCCACUGAACGUCACAACAUGAGCCGCUAGACGUGACGUUCACAAGAUGAGCGAGAGGGAAGCGCGAUCGCGGUUCUCGGGGAUGCGUCGUCAGACGUCCGGUACCGGCUCUGACACGAGUCGCUCGCGGGAGCGAGGUGACACGAGUGGCUCGCGAGGUGACACGAGGGAACACGAGUCGAGGUCGAGCCGUGAGUCGAGCCACCAGCGGGAGGUUCGCUGCGGCUGCCAGUACUUUCAGAGCGACAGCCUCCUCCCCGAGAGACAGUCUCUGGUGGGGACGCGACCUUCCAGUCGGCAGGAGUUCGAGAGGGUGUCCUCGCCUGCAGACAUGAACGGGGAUCACGAGUACGAGCCGAUCAACCCGAUGGCCAGCCAGCGUUCGCCUCCCCCUGUUAUGCAGGUAACAGACACGGAAGCAGCCCCUGCUUCGACAAAGCAACAGAAGAAAGGCCCCUCGGCUCGCAUCACCUACAUCGACAACGACCCCAACUUCAUCCACAUCCCCCUCCACGGCAGCGACGAGGACGUCGCCGACGCCCCUCCCCUCUCCUAUCUCCAGAUCCCCUCCGACGACAAGAUCGUCGUCUCCCAGGACGCCGACGCCGACGCCGACAUAGAGGACGCUCAGGAGUUCGAGGAUGAAGAUCUGUCCGCACAGGAGAUCCAGAACCGUAUGGAGGAGAGGUUCUUCGCACACUCUCCCACCACCGAAUCGAGAACCGACUGUGAGAUCAACACCAGUCAGAUUGAUUCUUCAGCAUUGGAGGAUCUACCUUUGAAAAGAGAGGCCCGGAAAGCUGGGGCGAGCGAUUCCAAGAGUGGUUUCCAACAGAAAAUCAAGUCACAAGCGGGAAGGUUACGAACAAAGUUCAAAAACCUAUCGAAACCUAAGAUAUCGUUACCAGAUCGUCCAAAGUUCAACCUACCUGAUCGCCCCAAGUUCAAUCUACCUGAUCGCCCCAAAUUCAAGAUGCCUGAACGUCCCAAAAUCAACCUCCCAGAUCGUCCCAAGUUCAACUUCCCUGAUCGUCCAAAAUUCAACCUUCCAGAUCGCCCCAAAUUCAACAUGCCCCAGCGUCCGAAAAUCUCCAUGCCAAACUUCAACCUUACCAAACCAAGAACCAGCAGCAGCUUGAGGAGACCCCUGAGGGACCGGAACCAGUACCACUCCUCGGCCCAAACCACCUACGGAGGAAAGAAAAAUAUAUUUGAUACAUUAAACUUCAGAACGUAUCCAAGAUUCUUCAACAAGAAAAAGCGUAUCGCUGAGGAGAACGCUAGGAUCAGAGGACGGGCAAUGACACCUCCCCCUAGAAUGGAGACUGACAGUAUACCGUCAUCCCCAGGGAGCUCUAAAGUCCCUCACACCCAAACCUGGGGACAAAAAUACCGAGAUAUCAAGUUUGUAGAUGAUGAAAACCAAUCAGAUAAAAUGAGUGCCUCACUGAAAGCUAUGUCGUCGUUUGAUGACGAGGUUGAAGAUGAUAUGGCGGAGUUCAGGGAUCAGGAUUUCAAUGGAGCCACGUCUUUAGAUGAAACUAAACGAAAACUGAAAGCGAUAAGUGCUAGUAGUAUCCAGGAUUCGGAGAAGGAACAGAGGUCAUCUGGGAGUUCCUCCGAUAGACAUAGGAAGGGAGUGCUGGAGGAAAUAGAUUCUGACGAGUUUUUCCUCAGAGAAAAGGGGCUCAGUAGAGAGGAUGUAGAUGUGAGUCGUUACCUGUCGUUGGAGAUACGGGAUGCGUUCCGUUCGCCCCAGAACGCGUUGGCUCGUAUGGACACAGACCCGUUUGAUGAUGAAAUUUGUGAGGCGGAGGAAGAUUUGAAAAAACUGACAUCAGUUAUUCAGGAUACGUUUAAACCUGAGGAGUAUGAGGAGGAGGAGGAGGUGGAAGAGUUCGAACCGAAACGCCCCAGUCGUUCGAGAUCGUUGAAAUCGAAACAAUCCACGCACAGUCGAUCAUCACUAGGGAGGGAAUCGUUGCCAGAAGAGAGGGAAAACUACAAAACCUAUCCACCAGUCAGACCCAGUCGGAAACAAAGUGCGGACAAACAAUCGAUCACAACAGCUGAUAUCAAAGACUUGGAUCUCGAUAACGAGAGUAACGAGUCGAAUGAGAUGAACCAGGUCGACCUGGAGAGGGUUUCGAUUCCCAAUUUCGAGCAGCAGUCUUUCAUCACGCAGUCGACCAAUGAGACGUGGGCUCAGGCAGGACAGCCUCCCCUCCCACCCAAGCGCAGGAAGAGCCAGAAGUCGCUGAACAAGGACAGUGAGUCGAUGAUUGACGAGGUGUGUCCAGAUGAUGAUUGGCUCGAUGAGGUCAAUGCACAACUCAUGGUGCCUGGAGAGAUAACGGCACUACAGAUCGAAACCAAAGCACCCACCAUCAACAUUGAGCAGCCAACCUACGAUUCGCCGCCUAUUGCUCCGCUGAGGAAGUCACGCUCUCGAGCCACCUCAUUGGCCGACGAGGACCGCACCUCGCGCGGCUGUGAUUCGCUCAUCUCCGAGGCGAGAUCGAUGCCAGGCGACGAGUUUCCUGUCAGGAGGAUCCUGUCCAAAGAGGAUGACGGAAACGACAUGUUCGGCUACGCUACCGUCGAAAAAACACCAGUCAGCAAAAUUCUGGAGCGACCACAACGCCAGAAGAAGAACAACAAACCUAACCGACCCCCGCCGCCGAACCGGUUCAACAAGAAAAAGGCAACAACACAAAUGAUGAACUUGAAGAACCAGGGCAUCCACUUGAAAAACCAGGGCAUCAACUUUUUCUUCACCUACCCCAGAAGAGCGAUGAAGUCCCUGAACAAAGAUCAACAACCCCCUGUACGUCCCGUGCGUAACUACAGCACAAUCGGACCCUCAAGACCGCCCAGGAGAACCAAAGUCUUCAAGGAACCGGUUUACGCAGAAGGUGAUAACAUACCCUUCAUGGAUGAGUCGGAGAAGGAGACUAUCGAAUCAUCAACACCCAAAAUCCAACAUAUGGCUGAAGAUGAAGACGAUAAACCAUUGAAAGACAUCAUUGUUGAAGAUCUGAAGGAUCUCCAAUCAGGUGACGUCAUAGAGAAGAUGAAAGGACGACCACUUCCUGCACCCCCGCGACCUCCCAGGAAAUCAAAAACUGAGGACCAACUGAAGGAAAGCAUGAACCUGGCCGAUGAUGAGGUGUGUGACUUUGAUGAUGAUGAAAUUGUUGUGUCAGAGAAGAUAGACAUCCAGAUUACAAAAACACCUGAGGCUGGCAGGAGUCGCACCGACAUAGAUGUACAAGAACCCGAGCCAGGUGUGGAUGACACAGAACCUACCACGGUUCAAGUUGAGGAGGUUUGUACCAGAGUGGAGGAGGUGGUAACAACUACAGCACAAGUGAACAAAGGUCAGAAACAGAAAGAAGACAAUAAAACAUCACCAGGAAAAGAGGUAGUACAAGAAAAAGUGGAAGUGGAAAAGAAGGAAGGUCCGUUUGCUGCUUUCAAGGAGAUGAUUUCACAGAAGAAGAGAGAGUUUUUCGAGCCAAAGAAGGACAAGGAAACAUCACCCACAAAACAGGAGAGCUCAGAACAAAAGACUAAAGUUUCACGUGAGAAGAGUCCUAUUUUCAAGUUUAUUCCACUGAGAUCCGGUAGCGGGCAAGUGGAGCCUCAAGUAGAGGAAGCUAACGUUUCAACACAAACUGAUCCUCUGCCUGAAGGGUACACAGUUGAGGAGGAGCAACAGACCACCACUGAGGAGAACAGAACAGUGUCCACUUCUCCACCUCCCUCAGUAUCUGAGUUAAAGACUGACAGUGUGACUAAUCAGCAGGCCCCAGUUCAAAUCCAAACUGUGAUAGAGAAGCGAGUAGUGGUGGCACCUGAUGAAGACACAGAGGUGUCGUUUUUGAAAGCAAAAAAGCUACAAGUGUCUGAGCUUGAUGUGGAGAAAAUAAACGUGUCAGAGUUGCAAGCCAACAAAAUAUCUGUGUCAAACAUUGAUGGAGUUUCUAUGCAGCUGUCAGAAAUCAGCAGCAAGGCUGGGAAUCUGAUUGUUAAUGGGGUGGAGCUGCCACCAGAGUUUCUACAAAGUUUACGACAGGCUGCAAGUAGUCAGGAAGGACAAACAACAGGGACUACAAAUGUAGUGUCGCAGCCACAGAGUAGUGAAACCACAGAUGUGCCUUCAUUGAAGAUACCCCCAGCGGAUUCAACCCAACCACCACCUGUGGUGGUGUACCCCUCACAAACGCCCAUCAUCAUUUAUCCACCGCAGAUGAACAGUGGGUCAGGACCAGUUACCCAGCAGACUAUCUCAGUUCACCCUGCACACAUCACGCCAUUCUACGGAUCCGGAUUUGAAGCAGCCUCACCUACAACUACACCUCUACCAAGGACACGAUCGCCUCCAAGGGAUUUGGCUCCAGAUACAGGAAGUCUACUGCCGGUUGUGAAGUCAUCUAGUGCGGAAGAAGCCACCAAUCCAAGACCCAUCCUGCCUGGUAGUGUUGAUAGACCCUCAGCAGCGCACCUUACCCAUGAAUUAAUGUUGAUUGGACGGGAUACCCUCGGAGACAUCAUUUCGCAGAUCAUCACAGGACUCAACCAUUAUUUCCCAGAUGGGGAGAAGAGAAGAGACGCCCAGACAGCUGUUUGCAUCGUGCUAGUUCUGAUUGCAGGGUUGAUGUUGCUCGGCCUAGGGGGUGAAGACAAGGCGGUCCACCACCAUCACUGGGAUUUCUUCCCUCCUCCUCGAUAAUAACUACAAAUUUUUUCAGUUUUCGGUUUCAAAAAGUAACCCCUCCCUUUGUUGAUAUAGACUAGGAAAGUAUUGUAACAAACUUUAUACAAAACUGUUAUGAAUUACUUUGUAAAUAAAGUCACAUGUUUCUUUUCUUCAAACA